AUGAACAUCGAAAUAAUCAAGUGAAAACUAGGCGACUUAUCAGUCAGAAUUGAGCCUCUCAGAGAAAUCAAUAGUGCGCUCUGUACAAUUGUUGUAGUAAAAAACCUAGAAGACGCUGAAAAAAUCAUGAGGAAUUAUGAUAAUUAUAAUAUCGGAGGGAAAGUGGAUAUACACCCUUAUUCAUCCCUGUUUAAAAGGCCGGAUUUGUUAGCGCCAGCUUUAUUUAGAUGCAAAUCUGAGCCAAAAAUAGAGAAAAGGUUUAAAGGGCUGGAAAGUGUGGAUACACAGGAAGAGGAAGAAAGGGAAGAAGUUUUGGAGGAUGGAGAGAUCAGUGAUGAAGAAAUGAAGGGAGGACUGGAAAUACACUCGUUUUUUGAGUUUCCAGGAGUUUAUUUUACAGGAGAAGGGAGCGAAAUGAAGCACUCUGGGGUGAUGGUGAAGACUGUUAAACAAAAUGUGGAAAAAAAUGAGUAG